GGUCGUUACCUCGUCCUCACUGUCCUUUCUCCAUCUCUCUCCCACUCAUUCUCCAUCAUCCACUAAACAUCUCCACAGCUGAGACCUCUCCAUUGUCCUCAAUCCCACCUACCCUCCCCACCACACUCCACUCGUACCUCCUCCACCACCCCGACCAACCCACUAAGUGGCCCAAGCCACCCUCUGGCAGCAGCGAGCCAUGGCCUCCCCAAUCCGUCUCCCCCCUUCUCCCCCUCGGCGCAACUGGCGACAGCUGUCCCAUCCAAACCUCACUGCCAUUCAUGACGACUCCGAAAACGUCGUCGAAAUUCCUUCAGCCUCCUUUAUCCCGACGCUUUCGCUUCCGCACGUCUCCGUCUCUGGCCUGCGUGCGGCCCUUCUCGGAUAUCUCGGUGAGGCCGAAAUUGCCCUUCGCGAGCGCCUCGGUGCAGCAACCGACAACCAUGGGCACUCCUCGGCCUCAUCCCCCAGCCCCAGUUCCGAGGACGAUACCGACUACGACACUUUGGAUGAGCACGAUUCGCCUGUGAAUGCUCAGAGCUCGGCCCGCCUGGCUCUUGGCGAACAGGCACCGGGUCUCCGCCGCCGCGGUGGGGCAGAACCCAACUCUGGGCCAUCUUCCUCCCGCGUCGCGGCUGCUGGAACCGACGCCGAGGUCGUACUGGACACGCUCCGUACGCUGCGUGAAGACGUUGCGCAAUAUGUUCCAGCAGGCUUCUCCAUGCCGAAGCUUCCGCUGGAGGCCCAGCGCCAGUGGCUGCGUGAGCUCCCGCACCGUCUGCAGGACGUCGACUUGUCCGUACACGGCGACUCGUGGCCUGAUCCGGUCUCGGCAUCAAACCGUGCCAUGCGCUCCGCUCGCCGUCGGGUGAUUGAGCUGGUGCACGCCCUCUUGCCCCCAGACGACUGGCAGGGAUGGGAGUCUCUUGGUUGGGAAGAUGACGACGGUUCAGUGUGCACUCCGCGCCGCCCUGACCACACUCGCUCGUGCUCGUUGGACGAGCGGUUUGCCCGCACCACCGAGGCUAGCGAUGAAGACGACGAGGACGAGCCAGAGUAUCUCUUCCCUAACCGUACCCCCGCUCCUGCCCACGCCUUCAGGCGACACCGUCACCCACGGAGUAAGAGCUUGAGCGAGGCCGACUACGCCGACCGCAGCCCGCUCUUUAGCUGGCACCUCGGUCCUGAAGCCGCUGCGGUUGUGGACGAUGAGGGCGACGAUGGCAGUGUUAUCGAUGAGGUCCUCAUGGCUGAACACGAGCAGCAUGAUGAGCUCCGCGACUGCGACAAGCACGGUACCCACCUCGUGCCCGACAUGGGCCCAAGCAUCGAGGAGGCCCUCGUUAGAAGCGAACAGGGGCACAAGCUCCUCACAUACCAGGACCUUCCGUUCUGGUGGCGCAACAACCAGUACCUCCACACCGGGUAUCGGUUCAUUCCUCUUGGUCGCAACGGCCCGAUCCCGCUUAUCAAGUCUGCGUUCCGGAUGCACAACGAGACAAUCAACAUCCACUCGCACUUCAUCCCCACACUGUUCAUCUUGGGGGUAAUCCCCUUCAUUGUGUGGCGCACACCGCUGCCCGAUGCCCAUUGGAUCGACACAGCUAUGCUCAUUUCAUACCUCCUCGCCGCAAUGUCCUGCCUCAUCUCGUCGGCGGGGUGGCACGUUCUUUCUGGCUGCGCCAACAAGCGAUGGUUCGAGUGGGGAGCGUGUGUCGACUACAUCGGCAUCUCGUGGCUGAUCGCCAUGUCCUUCAACACCGUCGUCUACAAUGCCUUCUACUGCCGCGGACGAACGGUGUUUGCCUACACCUUCGUUAACGUUGCUUUCGGCGGUCUCGGCUCGUACCUGCCAUUCCAAAAGUGGUUUAACCAAAGAAAGAACAAGCCUUGGCGCAUUCUGUUCUUCCUCUGCCUCAACGUGGCCAUGUUCGCGCCAAUGGUCCAGCUCUUCCACGAGCACGGCCGCCAAAUUGCGGGCAAGUUCGUGGCGCCGUUCUUCUACUCGGUCGCCAUGUACUUGCUCGGGUUGUGCUUCUACGCCUUCCACUUCCCCGAGUGCGUGGCGCCGGGCAAGUUUGACCGCUUUGGUGCAAGCCACCAGCUGUGGCACCUGGCCAUUGUCUCGGCAAUCAUCCUUCACUACCGCGCCAUCUUCGUCGCUUUCGACGCAAGGUGGGCCCUCUCGUGCGCAGCGCCUAGCGCUGGCAGCCCCGUCCCCUUGGCCGUCUCGGCCUUCCUUUUCGGCAAAUAGACUCCGAUUCCUCAUUCUUUCAAUCCUCCGACCACGCAUGCCAUAUCUAAUCUAGCAUUCAAUCAUUCCACGCCACGUAGUGGCCACAUACAGCAUCCAAGGGCA